GCCACAUCGAAAGACGAACGCAGGAGCUGAUAAAAUUAUCACUGUGGACUUUCGCGCCACACCCCAUUGGAACCCAUCUGAUCAUGGAUUUGAAUUGUGGCUUGAAGGAAGAAGAAUUUGAAGAGGAUAUUUGUCCAAGACAGGAAAUAAAAAGGGAAGAAGAGCCUCAUGACAUCAAACAGGAAGACUCUACAGACUUGAAUCAGAACAUAAAAGAGGAAGGAGUGCCUAGUGUUCUGGAACAUGGAGGAGCGUCUAGUGUUCUAGAACAUGUAGGAGGAGCCUCACCUGUGAAGGAGGUCAAACUAGAGGACACCACUAAUCUACACGACGAUUCCACAGGGGAUCCACAAAGGAAGCAAUUAAGGACAAUGUGCAAAACUUGUGGGAAGACCUUUACUGAAAGGCAACAUAUCAAAUUACACCAGACAACUGACAGACCUUUUAGCUGUACAAAAUGUGGGAUGCCAUUUAAAGACAUAAAUGAUUUAAGAAUGCACCAGAAAACUCACAUUGUGAAGAAGCCUUUUGAGUCUAUGACAAGUGUAGAGGUCAUUGGAACAGAUGGUUUCACGUCAUAUCAGUGUACUACAUGUGGAGAGGUCUUUUCAUCCAGAUGCAAUCUCCAAAUUCACCAGACAAGUCAGUGUACUACAUGUGGAGAAUCCUUUUCAUGCAGCUGGAAACUCAAAAUGCACCAGAGAACCCAUCCUUUCCAGUGUAGCACAUGCGGAAAGGGAUUUAAAGACAAAAGCAAUUUAAACAUACAUCUGAGAUACCAUACAGGGGAAAGGCCUUACCAGUGCAACACAUGUGGAAAGACCUUUGGAAAACGUUCUGUUCUCAAUCGCCAUAAGAAAAUCCAUACGGGAGAAAAACCAUACCAAUGCACUACAUGUGGAAAGAGGUUUGGCCGGCGUAGUCAUCUCAAUCGCCAUCAGAGAAACCAUACUAGAUAAAAGCCUUAGCAUUGUAGCACAUGUGGAAAUUCCUUUGUACACAAAACCCAUCUUGUCCGCCAUCAGAGAACACAUACAGAAAAAAGCCGUUCCAGUGUAAUGGAGAAAAACCUUACCAAUGCGUACCACCUGUGAAAAUGGCUGGAGAAGAUCCCAGUGUAGCACAUGUGGAAAUGCCUUUCCAGUUUAAAAUGAUCUGAAACGGCAUCAGGAUGGAAAGAGAAGAGAAGGGCUACCGGGCCGCCAGCUGUUUUAUGAUGUCACAUCAUGACGCUCUGGAAUUCAAUGCUUCUCUCUGAUUGGCUGCUAGAAGUGAAUAAAACAAGUUGAUCAUGAA